AUGGUACAGCAGAAACAAGAAGCCCUGGCCAAGCAAUCGCGGAGAGAUAUCGCUACGCUGAUAGAAAAGGGGAAGCUGGAGACGGCGAGGAUAAAGGUGGAAAACAUCAUCAAUGAAGAUAUACACAACGAGCUGCUAGAGCUCCUGGAGCUUUAUUGCGAACUCUUGGUCGCAAGGUUUGGAUUAUUAGACAUGAACACGAGAGAGCCUGAUCCAGGAGUCAAAGAGGGUGUAUGUAGCAUAAUUUAUGCUUCACCAAGAACGGAGAUCAAAGAACUCCACGUUCUCCGAGAAAUGCUCAUGUCGAAAUAUGGACGGGAGUUUGCAAUUGGAGUGAUGGACAACAAGGACAACUGCGUAAGCGAACGUGUGAGUAGCGGCUUUCUAUCCGAUUCGACCGCGUUCCAUACUGCUCUGUCCUUCUCAUUUUGUACUGAUAUAGACUAUGGAGCACAGGUGACCCGUAAGCUCCAGGUCGCGACACCUUCAUCGGCUUUAGUCGAUGCUUACCUCGGUGAAAUUGCGAAAGGAUAUGGGGUCAAUUGGGCUCCACCUCUUCCACCCAACAGUGCCGUCGCCGACCCUUCCUCGCCCAAGCCAGAGUCAAUUGCUCUCGAAGCUGAUGAACCAGAGGCCAAGGCAAUUUUGUCUCCUGCCAAGUUUAAAGACUCGACGACGAAAUUGCCUGAUGUACCUACUGCCGGCGAAGCGUCAGAGCCUCCACCCUCGUAUCCAGCGGCUGCCGGGUCAAGCACGAGCAAGAAUCCUGAAGAAGACUUGUUUAAGAGGCUGGAGAAUUUGAAGAGGAGAUGA